CUGAAUCGCAAGCCCUCAUUUAGAGCAAUUUCAACGAGCGGGCACUAUCUUCCAGCUCCUCCGUACGCUGUUAACGCGUAGUGCCUCCUUCAUCCAAACGACAUCUUCCGAACAACUCCGGUUUUGUCCAGGCACACAUUUCUUUCCAGGCAUACUAAUCUGCAGACCGAUCAAAAUUGUCACACAGUGUCGGAUCAAACGGCUUUUCCAACUGACUUUUUUACUCGGACGGAAAAUACAUAACCUUGUAAAAAUAGCCAAAGAGCUGUGCGUAAAACCGGGGCUGUUCCCGAUAUCAUUUCACCUUUCAGUCUUGUCGGCGCCGUUUCACGGACAGCAGUCGUGCAGUACCCGGUGUUGCUUUGUUUUUGGCCAGAGGUGCGACGGGCCCUAAGGAGAGACGGCGGAGGUAGUCGCAUAUUGUUUCACCUACCAUCGACUUCAAAACUUCUACCCCUGCCACGAUUCCGGGCAUGUAAUACAUCUGCCCUUAUAUCUGCAACACUAUCUACUAUUACAGAGUCUAGAAGAAAGACACCAACAAAGUCAUACCACAUCAAAGCUUAUUUUCUAUUCGAUCAACAGUCACGAGCCGUCGGAGUGCAAAUAUCCCCGGUAAAGAGUGCUCAUCUAAAGGCACUGAAAGUAUUCCGACCGACAAGACUACGUCGUUGGAGAUUUCGCAAAGCCAGUCGACGCAAACAACUACAAGCUCAGAUACGUGUACAGGUUAAACAAAAUCGCUAUCAGGAUGUCGCUGUCGGAGGAGCUGGGAGUGUCAAAUGCGUCAAACACGGAUGGUCUUGGCGACCUUCCCGCUGUCACUACAACCAUCAGCCCACAGGAAGAGUGCCUGAAGACGCGAAAAUGGUACUGCUUCCUGCUGUCGUCAAUCUUCACGUUCCUAGCCGGUCUCUUCAUUAUCCUGAUCUGGCGUGCGUUCGCCUUCCUCUGCUGCUCGCGUAAACGCAAAGCCAGCGCCGCGGGAAAAGCCGCCCAAGCUAAGGCGGCAGCCCAGGCAGCGCAGGAGGCGGCGGGUGGGCAAGGUGCGAGUCAGCGCAAGGCGCCAGGGGAAGGUGCCACCGAGAUUGGGCUUAUGACAGAGGCAAAGGAUUGGGCCGGAGGACUCAUCUCGGGACAAACAACCACCGGACGCAUACUUGUCGUCCUUGUAUUUCUGCUGAGCAUCGCAUCUUUAAUCAUAUACUUUAUCGACGCUUCAAGAACCGGAGCAAGUAAAACCUAUAGCACUCAAGUGCAUUCUCAGUAAGUACAGCUGAAGAACGCUGUGUGCAGGCGUGUACAGUGGAUUGGUAUACGAACGUGUGCAAGCAAAAACUCCCAGUUUGUUUCCCAUUCCGACAGCAAUAUUCCCAAAGCAAGCAAGCAAGCAAGCAAAAACCUCUAGGACACUGCUGCCCUGGCGUCUGCUAUCUGUACGAAGAACAGUGUUGCUUUGAUUGGCAUUGUAUCGUACAAAUCUGCUUCGUUGCGGCUGUGGGCGACGAGUGUGGCACAUCUUGGCGUGCACCACACGCUCUUAACGAAUCCUACUUUGUGCAACCAAGACUCCCUUAAAACCUUCCUAUUCGACGUGUUGUCCGAUUAAAUAGCCAAUUGAUCUUCCUUCCUAUUUAUUAUUAUGCCUUUUAUAUUUAGUUACCUGAAGCCAGUUAUUGAUAAAAGAGUUGGAAAUGCUGCUGAUGUGAUGGUUCAUUUGAUGACUAUUGCCCAACAACAAACAUCGUGGUGCUAUUGCUAACCGGAUGAUGGUUGAUUGAUAUGAAUUUAUUGUGCUCGCUCGAUGGUUGAUUUUAUUCUGAUGAUUAAUAGCGUAAAUUUUGUAGUUACCCAGAAAAGCAACUGGAUAGUUGAUUUCAAACGGUUUGCCUGGCGAGCUAUUUCCUAUUGUUGAUGUGGUCGCUACUGCUAUCCUCGAACAUAUAUAUAUAUAUGAUUCAUAGAUCGCUUGAUACUCCUGUUGCACUCCUUCAAAGGUUUAGUCCGUGCAUCUCAGCGAACGUAUCUCCGUUGUGUAGGCAUCCAUAUCUCCAUCUGUCUUGUUUGAUAUCGGUGUUGUAACACUUCGUUAUUGACAGUGGUAACUUUGAUCUGAGUUGUAAUUAAGCCGUUACUAUAGUCGUUUCAUAGGUUACUUUAGAUUUAUAGUUUUCUUUGCGUCUUCGUUUGCUUGGUGCACUCACAUAAAUAGUUUUUUCAAUCACAUAAUUUCAUGGGUGUAAUUAGCUUGAAUAUUAUUCAGAGAAGUCUAACGCUGUACUACGUAUAUACGCAUAUAGGCUGUAUUUCUUUAUUAUUUAUCAUCAGCAAUCAGAUAAAACGGUCGCGUGAAGCACAGAAUCGACCAUUCAAUUAGGUUUCCGCUUUUCAACGGACGUAGUGCAGUCCUCCUAGUCCGUACAUUGCUUUCUAUCGGCGCACAUAAGUACCAUCUUAAGGGAUAUGAUAUAGGAAACAGGGUACACCACAUACCAGAAUAGGCCCGAACUACACUACAGCAAGGUAAAGGAAAGGAUCAGCUUGGUUUUUGUCCUAUAAUACCACAUGUGGCUAGCUGUCUUAAUCAAUCGUUGAAUUUAACGAUGAGCUACAAUAGAAACCAGCAAAUACAUUAACUCAUAGUAAAUUGAUAUAAUGUACACGAAUAUAAUAAUAUCAACACUCUUCUCUCAUUUUUGUUCAAGCAUUUACCAUAACUGUGUCCUUGAUAGCAACUACCGUUUUAAGCUUUUUUUUUUUUUCAGUUUAGAUUUUAUCUAGUAUAAUUGUAGCCUUCCAAAUCGUUAUCUCUCUCACGCGCUCACUCUCGCGUACUUGUACACCUAUAGCGUGACUUACUUGAGUUGAGUGCUAUAUAUACAUUUUAUAGUUAUAGAUCCUUCGUUUGAUCUUCGUUAGUACUUCAGCGCAUAGUUGUGGCGGUCUGCCAGAACACGGAAUAGGGGGGAGGCGAUGAAGUAAACUGGGUUGGAUCAGUUGACGUAAAACUGUUAGAAUUCUGGCCCUAUAGUAGAAGCAAAGGUAGAAGAUCCACAGGCACACAGAUAAGCACACAACUCUUACGAUGACGUCGUCUAGUAGCUGAUGAUCUAUAGUACGCAAGAUCUCCAGUAUUUGUAUAGGUACUGUAUAACUUCGCAGCCUUCAUAGUUUAUACAGCAGUACACAGAACUAUUUCAUGGCUGGCUUCCAAUUAUUCAGUACACUUAGAAUCUUCACGGCGGAUCACUGUUCGUACAAGUUGCUUAGUUACACUGACUGAAAUAAAAUUUUACCACAAUGAUGAUAUGACAAAAUGAAAAAAACAAUAUUCGUGAGUAAAUCGAGGUGGGACACCUCAACGGUUCUGGUCUCGUGCGACUCAGCUGUCAUAAUAUUCAGUUUCGAUUUGAGAAAUAUAACCAUAUUAACGGCAUCAAUAGGUAGAUGAGAACAAAGAACUUCGCACCCUUUACGUCUAUCUAUAAUUGUUUUUGCAAUUGCAAAUUAUCGAUAUUUUGUCACGGUCAUCCCCCUUAUCGAGUAAUAAAUGCAUACCAAGUAAAAGUUGCAAUCUGCAAAUAGUUUCGGUGCAACCAUUAUCUUUAACCGCUAACCCUUAAAGCAUUUUUUCCUAAUCUGUAAGUCUACAUUUGUGCCCUUCCCCUUGUAAUUAGAAAUGCGGCGAGCAUUAAAAAAGUAGUUUUGGACUCAUGAGUAACAGAGAUUCUUGAUUGGUUGCUUCAAAUAUAUAGGUGGCCAGGAAACUUACGAAAAUUAAUUUCCAUAGCCUGUUUUGACAAGGUUUUAAAUUGGAUACACAUAGAUCCUAUUAGCUGUUGUUGACGGUCGAUUUACUAAGUAACUCUGAGAUCGCUUGUGUCUGGUGGGAAUAAUAACACUAUCUGUUCGUCCAGCGUUUGUCGAUAACAAUACCUCCAAGUUUUUAAAUCAAAUACUAAACGAAGUACCGCAAUUUUGUAAGUGCUCAAUAAUAAUAUGUUUCUCAUGCGUUGAUCUAUCAAUUAAUUUCGCUUUAUAGAACCGUGAUUCUUCAGCGUCAUUGCAGUUCGAAAAGUUUGUCGCAAGUUGGAUACUUUUUUUUUAGUAGAUUUGUGUACUUUAGUAUUCAGCUGUUACUACGACGGUAAUGCAAUACAAGCGUAGAAAGCAUUCAAACCUAUUUUUAGGGACCUAAAAGUUUAAAAUCCGAUUUGGAGAACUCCGCGAGGAAGGCUCAAAGAGAAGUGCCGAGCAAUACCGUGUACAUUGUUGUCCGUGUGACGUUAUGGGUUGUUUGCCCCCCUAUCUUCUUCUCUCGUUUCCACUUUUUCGUAUUUUGGGGUUGCGUACGAGCUGUCCGGCUGGCCGGUGGGCGUGCAACUGAGGGGCAUGGUUUCGUACGCAAAGCUAAGAUAAGCCAAACGCUAGUAAAUGGUUGCAUGCAGUAUUAGCAGGGCUAUCUGUAGGGAAGCGUGUA